AUGACAUAAACUGAGAUUUACUACUUCAGUAAAUUAACGACAAAAGUAAAGCGCAAACUUAAUAAUACAUACCGUUGUGCGAAAGCUCGCUAAAAAUAACUGUGAAUAUCUAAGUAAAGAUUUUGUGAAUGGACGCGCUCAGUGCCAGCCUCGCUCCUGCCAGCACAUCUGAUACCAUCACAGCCAACAGCACAACGAGAACAACAACACCUAAAAAGUCGAACGUUUCCACUGCCACUUCUUCGCCAUUAUCAUUCCGAUCGUCACCAGUUUCCUCCCCGCGCACCUUGCUGGAAGCAGCUGCAAUAGCAACAACCAUUGGGCCUCCGUCACCCACGCACUCCUCACGCGCUUCGUCGUGUUCUGCGCAUUCCAGAUUGCGCGUAGCAACCCCUGAAUCGGAUACACCUGUUGGUGAAAUGAGUGUGAGCGGUGGAAGUCAACUGGCUGCAGCGUUGGACAUGAAGACUAGAGCUUCAGCCACCUCCGCUGCUGCCGCCGCCGCCGUGGAGCUAUUGCAUGCCGGCACGCCAUCAUCUCAUACGCAGUCGCAGAAAAUAAAAAAAUGUGCGUUUAAAAAUCGGUAUAAUGAGAUAGUAGAUGUAAAUAUGAAAUUUUCGAAUUUCACUUGCCGAAGGGCGGAAACGUUUGAAUGUGAAGUUGCUACAAGUAACAACCACAAUACCAAAAGCUUUCAGACUGCAAUAGUAGAUAUCAAUAGAGAUAAUGGCUUCGAGAGCCACACAUCCAGUCCAGUAAUAACAACUACAAUGGCUUGCCCGAAAUUGCUUCGAAGUUGCAGAAGUAGAGGUAGUCCUAGGCUACAACAACUUUACCAACUACAACAACGGCAACUGAAUUCAAUGUCGCUGCAACGCCAUCAGAAGCAGCUGCAGCGGCAGCAACAACAUUCAAAACGUUACCGACAACAACCCAAAUCAAAAUAUUUAGAUACGAAAUUUAGAUUCGAACAAGAACGCAAAUUUGCUGAAGCUGAACAGUUGCAACAACAGCAACAACAACUAUAUGCAUCGACUAAAGAAAAUUUUUUACUUACACUCGAUUUACUUGCAGUGGUCCGCCGAAACGCCUCCGACAAACUUCGCCUCAUCCAAAUGGUUCACGACAAUCCAAUACUGUGGGACUCGCGCCUGCCAAAUUUCAAGGGCGCCGAAGAAGAGAAGAAUCGUGCCUGGGAAAUGAUUGGCAAAGAGUUCAAUGCGCCGGGGCGGCGUGUGGCGCGCGCCUUCAAAUCGCUGCGGGAAUCGUAUCGGCGCGAAUUGGCGCAUGUCAAAUUGAUGGGAAACGGAUUCAAACCGAAGUGGAGUCUCUACGAAGCAAUGGAUUUUUUGCGAGAUGUUAUCAGAGAGAGAAAAGGUGGUUCACACGCAGUAGAACAUGCAACCAUUGGUCUUAAUUUGAGCGCAUUCUCCCAACACUUGAAUAACAACAAUAACAACAGUAAGUCUACACUUAAACUAAGCGCCUUGCAUUCAUCUUUCAAUGAAAGCGCACUAAAUCUGUCAAAAUGUACAUCCGGCCUGAAUAUGAGCCACGAAGACUACUAUUACUAUGUGAAGCCGGAAUUGGACAUGUCAGCGGCGCAUGCGGCUAGCAAUGGCCUUGGUGGCGGUGGUGGCAGUGUCAGUGCUGUCGGUCCGCCCCAUCCAUUGCCCGCUCAUCAGCCACAACAGCAAAACCAACAACUACACAGUGCUGCGCAUGACAGCCGCGUCUCAUCAACGCGCAACGACAGCACUACUCAGCACAGCAACACAUUUGACGAUCUCGACGCAUCAUCGGUACGCAGUGGUGACGAGACCUCAAUGCGUAAUGCAGACAUGAGUAAUCAGGGAUCUGAUGAGGUGGAGGAGCUGGAAGCAAUAGAUGCUGAUUUUCCUUAUCCGCUUAUACUCGACGCGAAUUCGCCGCGUUCUAUGAGCGCAGCAGGCGGCAAUGUGGGUAAUGCUGCAGGUGGUAGUGCUGGUGGCGUAGCUGGCAGCUCCAUGAAACGAAAACGACGUGACAUGAACGGUGAUGCAAUGGACGGCACUGUCGACGAUGAGGAUGACUACGAAGGACAAAUGUUGCAGCAGCAUCGCCAUUUGCGCCAGCAAAAUGGUGGCUCUGGCGGUGGGGGUGGCUUAAGUAGCAUGGGCGGAUGUAUGUUGGAUAUGCCGGCGCCACAAACUGUACGUGAGGUGUUGAACUCCAAGUUCUGCGGCUUCAUUUCGGCAAAACUUAACAGUAUGGAAGACACGGAGGCGGAUAAUUUGAUGAACAAAAUACUCAUGCUGCUGGUACAGACGCAGACACAGACACAUAAUAGUGAGGGAAAAUAGUUCCUUGAAGGAGAUUAAAUUGUUGGUCAGCAGAAAAAAUGUGAUACAAUGUAUGUAUGUAGUUUAGGUGGAGGAAAGGAAAGUGAUUGAAAAUUGUACUUACUUUUCUUCAUUUUUGCUGGGUGGACAUAUGUAGCUGAUAAGCAAUUAGUCUUGAAGGAGAAUAAUUUUAAAGUAGAGCGAUGGCAUACAUACAUUUGUACAUUUAUAAGUGUACAAAUUGUUAUGCGCGCACGAUAUUUAAUUCUAGCAAUAAAGAAUUUUUUUGUGUUAUAUUUUUCGGUGGCGGAUAGGAAUUAUUUGAUAUAUCGAUGCCUAACCGCCAAAAUAACGUAAGUGAAAUUUUUUUCAAAAUUUUGCUUUUGAUGCAGAAAUGCAUCUAGAUAAGAGGUGGCCUGCCUCUGCAGAGCAUUUUUGUAGUGUGCGUGCAAUUGAUGUGACUGUGUGCGUGCGAACAAGUCGUGCAGUUGAAUGAAACUUUCGCUGCUACUCAAGCUGAGCGUGUAUGUAUACGCGGGCGGACGCUGCCCAGGGCUGAUCUAGAUGCUCUAGGAAUAUUUCUCAAUAAAAACAAAAUUAAAAAAAAAAAUUCGCUUACGUUAUUUUGGCGGUUAGGGCUCGAUAUGUAUGUAUGUAUUUAUAAAAGACGUAUUUAUCAUAACUUUAUUUUAGAUUUCGAUCACAAAUAAUUUUUUCUUGCUCUCAUUAAAUGCUCAAUUUGAAGAAAUUAUAAGACAUGAAAUUAUCUUUACAGAUGUACACAAAACUCGUAUUAAAAGAUUGUGUUAUGCCAAUAGCAAGUCUGAAGUGCACAUAUGGUCAUACAUAUGUUACAUAUGUAUGUGUGUAGACGUUUUUCUUAUUAAAUCGUUUGCAUGAAAAACUGGCAAACUCAAUAAUUAUUAGCAAAUAUGCUUGAAAUAAACUAAAAUUAAAUUAUAUAUAUGUUUAUAUUAUAUGCGGGAAUGAAAAGUUUAAAAUGUUAAGCUCU